AUGCCACGUGUAUGCGAGGCGGCCAAUCUCCCACUGUAUUGGAAGCAUCCGAUUUUUAUGUCGCUCACAAAAGGAGAGCCCCGUCGUGCAUCGCUGAUGGACUUCACAGCUUGGUGGCGUGCCAUGACAAGUGUCGCGCAUGAUGAAGCUGCUCGGUUUAUCUACACGCUCAGCUGUGGCAGCCGGAGUUACCUGACACGAGAAGACCUUUACGGAAUGGUCAUGGACAUCAUGCACUCCCAUCCGGGUCUUGAAUUUUGCCGUGAAGCCGUUGAUUUCCAUGAUAAAUAUUGCGAUGUGGUUAUCGCUAGAAUCAUGUGGAAUCUUGGUUGCGUUUGGAAGGGAAAGAUUACGUCUGACUGUUUGCGAAAGUCAGACUUGCUCGAGCGUAUACGACUACUUCAAGAAGAUUUCGAUAUUAAUCGCGAUGUACGAUAUUUCAGGUAA